GUUAGAGGACGCGGGAGAGAACCUGGGGAGAAUCGGGCUGCCUGCGUCUGCCUGAUUUGAUUUGCAGAGCUCCGGUUCUGUUCCUUUUCCACUUACUUCGGUCAUUAUGACACAAGGCAGGUCCUGCUUUGAAUCAGAACUCGAUUUCUGCCCUGAGUGCGGUACUGUCCUGCCUUUGCCGGGGAUCCAGGACAAGGUGACAUGCCCCUGUUGCUCUUAUUCCAUUGAUGUGCGAGUUUUUGAGAUGCGAAUUGUGCAUACAUCCGUCACAUUCAACAGUGCAGAUUCCAUCUCUUUGAAGAUGGAGGAUGAAGGAAGUGCAGUCAAGGGACCAUUGAUUGACAGGAAGUGUCCCCAGUGUGGGAACGAGGGCAUGGCAUACCAUACGAGGCAGAUGAGGUCUGCGGAUGAAGGGCAGACGGUCUUCUACACCUGCGUUCGAUGCAAGUUCCAGGAAAAGGAAGAUUCUUGAUCGGCUUUACCCAAAUGUGUGGGGGACACUGUGUCCGAGGAACUUCACUUCCGAGGGUCAUUUUUGCCUUGUUACUGUGGCCAUGGAGUCCUUUUUGGGUUCCAUAGAAACAUUCUGUUACUUGAGAUGGGGGAUUUUGUGCAUAGUGCCUAUAGCUCCCCUUGUAACUCUACGCAGAAUAAAGCACUUUAUGGUUUUCUUUG